AUGACCCCUGAGGAUAUCCCUCGAAUAGCAUGCAGAACACUGCAGAAGAUGACUACUAGCUUUGAAUGGCUCGCCCGGAGGAUAUCCUUGUCCGGUCAGAUGUCACGCUCCCAGGCGGAGGUGGCCAUUAGGAAUGGCGAAGUUGUUGUCGACGGUCAAGUAGUCCGCCACAACGUGCAGGUCUCCGACCACUGUGAUGUUAUCUGUCGAGAUCAGCCAGUGGAACCACCAGGAGAUCCAAAAGUUUGGCUUAUCAACAAGCCUCGUGGCGUCGUCUGCAGUGCAACUCGGAUACGCGGUCUGACAACCCUACCUGACUUGUUCGAGAUUUGGCACAAACGACGAGCUAACGAACUCAGCCAUAACAUCAACAACGUCGAUCUUAUCCCACCCCACUUCAUCGUUAUCAAUCCCAUACCCGUGAUGUGCUCCGGUCUAGUCAUUCUCACCAAUGAUGGCGAGUUCGCCCACAACAUGGCUCAUCCUCGCAGCAAAGUUCUCAGUGUUUUCCUUGUCCGAGUCAAAGGUAGAUUGCCAGAGGACCGCUUCAAGAGCUGGAGACGCAGAGAGGGUGUGAAAGUAGGCAAUGUCGAUUACGGACAGGUGUUCGUUGGAAUAGACAAGCGACCCAGCGAGGACGUCACCUGGUUACGAGUUCGGCUGGUCAUGACCAAUGAGAAGAACUUGGUCACGAAGAUCAACUCGUCAUCAUUUGGACCGUACAGAUCGAGUACUGCUUACGUUGAUUAUAUCUGUCCCCAGCCAGUGAGUCCUCACGUACGGCAUCUAGCUCCGAGGAGGAUCGCUAGAGACGCUAUCAUGGCGGCUAAAGGUACCCUGGUCAAUCCCAUUACUGGUGAAUUCGUGUCCAUAUUCGAUCAAGCGCGGCAUUCGCUAGCUAUAGGGGAGGAGCCGCCACCACAAAUCGAUAUUGGGAGGAAUGACGAGGCGUUACGGAUACCUGAGUGA